CAGUGUCGGAACAUCGAGCGUUGAACGUAAUUUGAAAUUUCAAAAAUAAAGUUGAUAGAGUGAUCGUUUUUCCUCGACAAAAAUUAUGGUCGCCCGACUUCACGUGUGCUUGUGGCUGCUGUGGUUGGGAUGUCUGUGCUCCAGUGCCGCAAAGGCAGAUGACGAAAACCACUGUCGCAUGGAAACCGGAGAGCCCGGAGAGUGCAAACUACUGAAAGAAUGCCCCCCUCGGAUAGUGGAGGUUCGCCAGGGCAGAAGACAUGCCGAGUCCGCAAGAUGUGGGUGGGAUGGAUUAGAUGAAAUCGUCUGUUGUCCCACUAAACUUCAGGAAAAAAUUGGAAUUCGACCCGCCGAUUUAGCUUGCCAACAAUACACGAAUGACGUUCUCCCCAUAACAACCCCCAACAUCGUGGCCGGUAUCGAGGCGACCUCCGACCAAUUUCCGUACAUGGUAGCCCUGGGGUACAUCGACAAAACCAAAUUACCAGAGAGAGCUAUUUUGUACGACUGCGGUGGGGCAAUAAUCGCCCCGAAUUAUGUUCUCACAGCGGCGCACUGCGUCGACAAUCAGGACAGUCGUGUCCCAGUUCUGGUGCGAGUUGGAGCUGAAUCGCUCGACCCCAAGGCUGAGGGUGCACAGUAUAUCAGGGUGGACAGCGCUAUCCCACAUCCCAAGUACAAACGCAGUCAAAUUUACAAUGAUAUUGCACUACUCAAGCUGACGGAUCCGUUCAAGUGGGCGAGAACGGUUAAACCGAUCUGUCUCCUCUCGAAACCGAUCAGUGAGAUUCAGAUAAAUGUUAAUGUCUCGAUUUAUGUCGCUGGGUGGGGACACACUGGUGCCAAUGGAGAGGUGACGGAUAGAUUGCUGAGAACACCAAGUCUGAAUCUAGUGGCACCUUCUGAAUGCUCCGAGUCCUACCGAAGGGUCCGUCAAAUUCCCCGAGGUCUCGACGAAACUGUAAUCUGCGCAGUCGACGGAGACAAAACAAGAAGAGCAGACUCCUGCAAUGGCGACAGCGGAGGCCCCCUCCUGAUGAUAGAUACCCAGGGUGACACUGUCAUCGGUGUCACAUCAUUCGGGAAGAGCUGCGGCAGCAUCACCCCAGCCGGCUACACCUCAGUCUUCAGUUUCCUCGACUGGAUAGAGCAACAAGUCUGGCCUGACACACAAAGUCGAUCCGCCACCGACUGAAAUCAAUCAAAAGCACCCCCUCCCCCACUCUCUCUAGUCCCCGAACGAAAGCCUGAUCAUGAAUUCAAUUAAAUGGAAACUGAAGAUUUAUUACACUUUUUGGUACAUAAAUUAGUUCUGUAGCUAAAGCAUUCGUUUGACCCAAGUAAUAUUUCUUUAUACAAAAAUAUCAACGAUAUUCUUGUUCCAAACAGAAAACAUUCCGAGAGUCUCGUGGUAAAUAUCCUUCAUACCACAUCGAUACAUUGUAUGCAAUUACACUAUAAGUACAACCUGUAUUAUAUACAUUUACCUCUGUCACUUA